AUGGCCUCCCCUUCAGUCAUGCAGCUGUCGUCGCUGUCGCGCAGGUCGCUCUCGACGCGGCUUCAGUCACAGGUCGUUCGCUCUGCCCGUCCUCUGCGCGCCAACGCCUUCUCCCAGCAGUCCUUCCAGCGCAUCGCGCGUCGUUCCUACGCCGACGCCGCCGCUCCCACUCCCACUCCUACCCCGAAGCCCAAGAAGCGUUUCCGCUUUCUCCGAUGGACCUGGCGCUUGACUUGGCUCUCCGGUGUCGGUAUGGUCGGUGCUUUGGCCUAUAGCAUCUACGACCAGCGCCAUCCUCUGGAGCAGUUUGAGCCCGACCCGAAUAAGAAGACUUUGGUGAUUCUCGGUACCGGUUGGGGUUCCGUUUCUCUUCUCAAGAAGCUGGACACGGAAAACUACAAUGUUGUCGUCAUCUCACCCCGCAACUACUUCCUUUUCACCCCCCUGCUGCCCUCUUGUACCACCGGUCUGAUUGAACACCGCUCGAUCAUGGAGCCCAUCCGCAACAUCCUUCGCAUGAAGAAAGCCAACGUCAAGUUCUACGAAGCCGAGGCGACCAAGAUCGACUACGAGAAGCGCGUCGUCCACAUCAGCGACGACUCGGAAAUCAAGGGCGAUAUCUCUCACACCGAGGUUCCCUUCGACAUGCUUGUUGUCGGUGUCGGCGCCGAGAACGCCACCUUCGGCAUCAAGGGUGUCCGCGAGCACUCUUGCUUCCUGAAGGAGGUCGGUGAUGCGCAGAACAUCCGCAAGCGUAUCAUGGAUUGCGUCGAGACCGCCAUGUUCAAGGAUCAGACUGAGGAUGAGGUCAAGCGUCUUCUCCACAUGGUGGUUGUUGGUGGUGGCCCCACUGGUGUUGAAUUCGCCGGUGAGCUCCAGGACUUUUUCGAGGAGGACCUGAAGAAGUGGAUCCCCGAUAUCCAGAAGCACUUCAAGGUUACCCUCGUCGAGGCCUUGCCCAACGUGCUCCCCAUGUUCUCCAAGCAGCUGAUCGACUACACCGAAUCGACUUUCAAGGAGGAGGCGAUCAGCAUCCGCGCCAAGACCAUGGUCAAGAACGUUACCGAUAAGUACAUCGAGGCCGAAGUCACCAAGCCCGACGGAACCAAGGAGCUGGAGAAGAUCCCCUACGGUCUGCUUGUGUGGGCCACCGGUAACGCCGUCCGUGGCGUCGUGCGCGACCUCAUGAACCAGCUCCCCGCCCAGAAGAACUCGCGCCGUGGUCUUGCCGUCAACGAAUACCUGGUCGUCAACGGUACCGAGAACGUCUGGGCCGUCGGUGACUGCGCCAUCACGAACUAUGCCCCCACCGCCCAGGUCGCCAGUCAGGAGGGUGCUUUCCUGGCCCGUCUCUUCAACACCAUGGCGAAGACUGAGGCUAUCGAGAACGAGCUGAAGGCCCUUUCCGUCGCCCAGUCGCAGGCCAAGAGCGACGAGGAGCGCAACAAGGUCUUUGACGAGAUCCGCGACCUGCAGAAGCAGCUGCGGAGGACCAAGCAGAUCGGCCCCUUCCAGUACUCUCACCAGGGCAGUCUGGCGUACAUUGGCAAGGAGCGUGCGGUUGCAGACAUCAGCUGGCUGAGCGGCAACAUUGCAAGCGGUGGUACCAUGACCUAUCUCUUCUGGCGCAGUGCCUAUCUCAGCAUGUGCUUCAGCACUCGCAACCGUGUCCUGGUCGCCGUCGACUGGAUCAAGGCCAAGCUGUUCGGCCGUGACGUCUCCCGGGAGUAA